UCCAGUACUGUCUUGUCUAAUCUAAACAAACCAAAAUAUUACGAAAGGUUUUUACGGUUUUUACGCUAUUAUUGGACCAAGUGUACAAAAAAUACACAAUUCUCAAGUUUCGAAUAUUGUGGACAUGUAUUGAAAAGUUCCGUAAUAUCUACAUUCGUACGUGCUAUUCUUUUCUUUAACCGGCAAUGUUGACGUCGCUAAUAAGGCGCUAUCCGGGCCGCUUGUUAACCGGCCAGCAGCCAAUCCAGUUUCCCGCAAGAGUUAACUUCGCGUCCCAACGUGUAGCAAUCGCAUUACGCAGUAAGAAACCAAAAUCGGAUAAACCUACGACACAAUACUUUGUGGACAGUAAACACAUCCGUGCUGCUGGCGGAAGGGGUGGAGAUGGUUGCAUUUCUUUCCUAAGGUUAUGGUGCAAUGAAAAUGCCGGCCCGGAUGGCGGGGACGGAGGCAAUGGAGGGCAUGUCGUGCUGCAGGCCAGCUCCGACGUUCGAGACUUGAAUCACCUUACGGCGAUACUCACUGCGGAUGGUGGUGACAAAGGACGAAACAAAGAUUGUCACGGAAAAAAUGCUAGCCAUACAGUGGUAAAGGUUCCGUUGGGAACCAUUGUGAAGGAUGGUAUCGGUAAAGUAGUCGGAGAUUUGGACACUGAGGGAAUGAUGUUUGUUGCUGCUAGGGGUGGAGCCGGUGGUAAGGGCAAUCAUUUCUUUGUUAGUGACAUGGAACAAGCACCCCAGGUUGCGGAGUUUGGCGGAGAAGGCGAGGAAAAAGCUUACAUCUUGGAGCUGAGAAGUAUGGCACAUGUUGGAUUUAUAGGACUUCCCAAUGCUGGAAAGAGCACUUUGUUAAGGGCGAUUUCGAGAGCCCGGCCGAAGGUAGCAUCCUACCCGUUCACCACACUGAAGCCACAUCUAGGAAUGGUUCAGUACGAUGACUACGAGCAGAUUGCCGUCGCAGACCUGCCCGGAUUGAUCCCGGACUCGCACAAGAACAAGGGUUUGGGAAUCCAAUUCCUGAAGCACGCGGAACGCUGCAGUGUUCUGCUGUUUAUUGUUGAUGUGUCCGCAGAGGAACCUUGGAACCACUAUCACACGUUGAUGCAUGAAAUAAGCAUGUUCAGUGAAGAGUUGGCAAACCGACCAAAAAUCAUUAUCGCCAAUAAAAUCGAUUUACCCGAGUCGGAGGCGAAUUUGCAGCUUCUGGAGCACCACGUCGAUGUGCCUGUGGUUCCUAUUAGUGCAAAAAUGGGGACCAAUGUGACGGAGUUGCUUAAGGAAAUAAGGGCGAUUUAUGAUAGCAUAGUAAGGAAGCAAAAGGAGAGAGAUGGGGUAGGAAAUGAGCCUAGUAGUGCUAGUAGUGUUAAUGAAUAAAGGAGUGAGUGACCAUGCGUUUCCUCAAUAGAAUUGAAUGAUGGAGAACUGAACCACCCAGUACGUAAAGUAGAUUUAUUUUAGGUUAUCAUGUUGAUAAGCAUUUCCUGUUACCAAAUCAAAUAUACUAGCACUGCUCGUGCUGUUCCAUCGUUAGAUAGAAGCAGCUAAAUUUA